UAUAGGGGGAUCACACAGGUGCAGCCAUGCUGCCUCCUGUCAUAGCUAGUGUAAGGGACAGGACACCCCACUACCCCCACUGCCAGGGGCCCAUGCAGAGGUAGUCAGGCCGGGGCUGUGAGCACAGGGAGGGGUGACCUUUGCUCGGGGCUGCAGGUGCUGAUGUGGUUUGUUCCAUGUUCCCAGGGGUGGGAUUGCAUUUGCUUUCUGACCUGGAGCAGGAUAGCAGCAGCUGAACCUGUGAGCUGCAGGGGAGGGGGCAUGUUGCUGUCAGCCUAGACCGGGGCUGCACCACCCGGCUCUGCACCUCAGGAUGGCUCCUCCAUGCUGAGGUCUCUCUUUCUCUCUAGGAUGGCUCCACCAUACUGAGGUCUCUUCUCUAGGAUUUCUCCACCAUACUGAGGUCUCUCCUUCUCUGUAGGGUGGCUCCUUCAUGUUGAGGUCUCUCCUUCUCUCUAGGAUGGCUCCGCCAUGCUGAGGUUGGCCUCAUCAUGCUGAGAUCUCUUCUUCCCUCUAGGAUGGCUCCUUAAUGCUGAUAUCUCUUCUCUCCAGGAUGGCUUCAUAAUGUUGAGAAUGGCUUGCUGUCUGAAAGACGAGCUGCUCUGCUCCAUCUGUCUGAGCAUUUACCAGAACCCAGUCAGUUUUGGCUGUGAGCACUACUUCUGUCGUAAAUGUAUCACUGAGCACUGGAGUCGCCAGAAGCAUGGAGGUCCCUUGGAUUGUCCGGAGUGCCGAAGAACCUUUGCGGAGCCCACGCUGUCCCCCAGCCUCAAGCUCUCUAACAUUGUUGAAAGAUACUCAGCCUUUCCUCUAGAUGCCAUCCUCAGUGCUCAGAGGAGCUCGUUCCCCUGCAAGGACCAUGACAAGGUCAAGCUGUUCUGCCUGACGGACCGUGCCGUGGUGUGCUUCUUCUGUGACGAGCCCUCGUUGCAUGAGCAGCAUCAGGUGACCAAUGUGGAUGAAGCGUUCGAGGAGUUGCAGAGGGAACUGAAGGAGCAGCUGCGGGCGUUGCAGGAGAGCGCCCAGGGGCAUACAGAAGCUUUGCAAUUGCUGAAACGCCAGCUGGCAGAAACCAAGUCCUCAGCUAAGAGCCUGCGCGCCACCAUCAGCGAGGCCUUCGAGCGGCUCCACCGGUUGCUGCGCGAGCGCCAGAAGUCCAUGCUGGAGGAGCUGGAGUCCGAUACGGCCAGGACCUUCACGGACAUUGAGCACAAAGUACAGCGAUACAGCCAGCAGCUGCGGAAGGUGCAGGAAGGCGUACAGAUCCUGCAGGAGCGUCUGGCGGAAAGCGACAAGCACACCUUCCUGGCCGGCAUCUCCUCGCUGUCCGAGAGGUUAAAGGGGAAGAUCCAUGAGACCAAUCUGACGUAUGAGGAUUUCCCCACCUCCAAGUACAUGGGUCCCCUACAGUACACCAUCUGGAAAUCUCUCUUCCAAGACAUCCACCCUGUGCCUGCGGCCUUGACCCUCGACCCGGUAACGGCCCACCAGCGCCUAAUCCUCUCAGACGACUGCACCAUCGUGGCCUAUGGGAACUUGCAUCCGCAGCCCCUGCAGGACUCCCCGAAGCGGUUUGACGUGGAGGUGUCGGUGUUGGGGUCACAGGUCUUCGAUGGAGGGGUACAUUACUGGGAGGUGGUGGUGUCUGAUAAAACGCAGUGGAUGAUAGGACUGGCCCACGAAGCUGUUAGUCGGAAAGGAAGUAUCCAAAUCCAGCCGGGCCGAGGCUUUUACUGCAUAGUCAUGCACGACGGGAACCGCUACAGCGCUUGCACGGAGCCCUGGACGCGGCUGAACGUCAAGAGCAAAUUAGAGAAAGUCGGGGUCUACCUGGACUAUGACAAAGGGCUGCUCAUCUUCUACAAUGCAGAAGACAUGUCGUGGCUUUAUACCUUCCGCGAGAAGUUUCCGGGGAAACUGUGCUCUUAUUUCAGCCCGGGCCAGAGCCACGCCAACGGCAAGAAUGUACAACCGCUGCGCAUCAACACCGUGCGCAUAUAGCGACGCACCUCCCUUAUGUGUUACGCAGCGGUCUGGCACAGGAUGGCAGGGGCACGCUCCUGGCAACGAGCCACCUGAACAUCCAGCACCAUCCUGAGCCACAUUGCCGCCGGAGCGGGAAGUGUUCUGGACUAGAUUAGUGAAUGUCGUCACCUUCUCCUCCAGUAACUAUUACCCGAGGGACCAACGUUUCCCCAAUUCCAGAGAGGUUUGGGAACAAAGAGAAUGAUAAAUCCGUCAGGGGUCGGACAGCCGAUCGCUGCUACUAGCCUUCAUUAAUAAUACGCAGUUCAGUAACUUCCCAACACCCGAUUGUUGCCCCUUCCAGGGUUCCGUCCUUUCCUAUCCAACUGCAGAGUGUGUACGAGAGUUGUGGGGAAAGUAAGGGCUCCGCUACCGUCUGUCUCUCAAAUCGGAGACGCUCUACGUCAGGUUACAUACUGUACUGUAGGUGGUUGUGCCUCUGUGCUCUCGUUACACUGUAGACUGUGGAGGGCCGACGGUCUCAUCUCUACAUCUCAGGAUCUGUGUCGCCACAACGCUGGGACCAGCGCUGGUCCUUCUCCGAGACUCCUGCUGUAGUGCGUGCAGGACAGACUGAGAGCCCCGUCCCUCUGCGUCUAUAGGUAAACCAGCUGCCUUACCUCUGAUAAUGGACAAUGAUGCAUCACAGAUUCAUUUCAUGUGUGAGAUUAUACCGGUGUGAUCAGUAUGAAGAGGAAAGCCGUGCGCUUUUAUCCAUCCGCUGUGCAGACCACUUACAGGCUGCCCUCUCUGUCCAGCGAUUAUAUGUACUUACCACAUACGUGGGAUAUUGGGCUGAUCGCUGACCUGUUCCUCCAGAAUGUAUUAUUUUUUACAUUAUGCAAUAGAUGAUGUGUGACUGUAGCUAUGACAUGCCGCGGGAUAAGCGGCGUUACGGAGAGGAUGCGUAUACGGAAUGUGAUAUAUGAGCCGCUCAGUGGUGCUGCUGCAAUACAAUCCCACCCACCUGAGAAUGCAGGACGUCGGCUCUGGAUUAAAGCGAGUUUCUGGGAA